AUGCGCUAUAUUGGACCGCAGCGCUGGAGAGCUUUUGUGUUUAAUGACCUUCAGCUACCGGGAGGCAAAGCUGGGCUCUUAAAGGGGCCGCGCGCUCCCAGCGGCGGCGGGGGCUGUCGCGCGGCGGGAGAGGGAAAGGAGAGCGCGGCGAGGCAUGCGGCGGUGCGCGGUAGGGGGGGACGCCAGCGGAGCGAGCGCCGGCCUCAGCACCCAGGCUGCGGGAGCUACUUACCCUCACUCCCUGCCGGGGCCAGCCCGCGGGCACUAAGUGAUGCCUGGAGAGCAGCACAGCAGCCCCCCGCCCCUCAUCGCCCCCCAGAGCCCGGGGAUCCCGCCCCGUGCUGGGCGCUGGAGCAGCCUCUCGAGCGGCCCAGUCCUGAGCCAGAAUCUACGAGACUGUACACAGAGGAGGACUUUAAGUCAGAACAGACAUUUACAAAGCUGAGAGACUAUGCUGUGGAUAAGACCUGAAAGACAAUGAGAAAUUCUUCACCUUGGGGGGGGGGGG